AUGAACGUUCACAAGCUAUGGGAUUACAAAGAACACGUUAAUGUUAACGGUGUGAUGUUAACUAGCGAGCUAAUAUCCUUACUGCAGACUUCUUUGACUUUGAUACAAGUGGAAAAUCAUUUCAUUACUAUGCAAUAUUGGGGUCAAAUAUACGCUAUUGAUGCAGACUAUCACAUAGCUGUUGGCAUAAACAAAGACGCCCUCAACGAUCGAAAAUAUUUUUACACAACAGAUUUUAACUUUUGGGGACUACUGCCGAAGGCAAAAAAGAAGUACAAAUUGCUUUCUUUACUUGCAACACAACCGUUUCGAGGCGAUCCAUCGGAAAAUAUCAAAGUAUUAGACGAAGCAUUAGACGAAAAUGACCCAGAUCGCUGCAAAACUAUGAAAGAAGAGGCAAGACUAGCUGCUACUAUAAGCAACAUUUGCGAAGAAGCAGAAGUGUGUGCAAGAGGUCAGUUAAUUAAGCAACCAGAAGGCACUGUAGUGAUCAACCCUAACUUCUAUGGUCUAACUGCAACGGAAGCAAAAAUGCUCAAAUCGUAUCUUCAUAUAAGACCAGCUCAGCAUAAGUGGAAUACAAAUCUCCUUACUCGGCCAGAUUACAAUUACAGUAUGGACUUUCUGGACUCCAUUGAUCAAGAUAUACCAAAAGGUUGCUGGAAUUUAAUUUUAGAAAAUGUGGGCAGUGUCGCCUACCUCAAAAGUCUUUACUGGCCUGGAAUGAUGUACUUUCAUAAAAUUAGAACGCCAGACGCUGGAUUUUUAUAUGUUGGCCAUGGACGGAAAAAUUUAGACGUACCGUUUCUUCUUUAA